ACAUCCGGAAGUUAUAAUGUUAUUGCAGCAAACUUGACACUGUGUUCCGGUGCCUAUCUGUGUCGAAAUGGCUCGUCUUAUUCCAUUUAAAGUUGCUGUUGUUUCCACUGUUUUGUUUGUCGUAUGCACAAAUAUUGUGUGUUGUAAUAAUGGUAGAAAGGUUGGCGAUGUCCUGGACACUGAAUUCAGUGGUUUCUCUGUGCCGCUUGAACACUCAUUUGAAGUCGAUGAUGUAGCAAAGUUUCGAGUACGCGGAGCACUGGUGUUGAAAGCUGGCAGGGAGCCCAGCGUCUCACUAAGUCAGAACCAGCUAUCAGAGGAAGACCGAGCCAAACUGAAGGAAGUGGCUGCAGUGGACGGUCUGUACAGAAUCAGAGUGCCUCGUGUUUUCCUGCAGGCAGACAGGCAGACAGAGCGGCAGAUGGAAGGUUACCUCACCGCAUUUGUCAGAGCCUGUGCCAUGGUUGAGUCUCAUCUGAGCGAUGUCAUCACGCUCCACUCUGACGUCUCUGGGUACCUCAUUGGUGUCUCCAUAGUGACAAUACCUGGCGCCUGUAGGGGCACUGAGGUUGAGGACGAAGUUGAUCUUGAGGUUUUCAAUACCACACUCAGUGUCAUGGCUCCUGUCAAUGCACCGGGACCUGAGACGGCUCUGUUCCUUGAACGAAUGGAACAGGAAUCUGAGAAGAAAGGGAAGAAUCCACAAGAACAGAAAUCUUUCUUUGCAAAAUAUUGGUAUUUGAUUCUGGGAGGUGCCAUCUUCCUCAUGGCCACCAAUUCAGCACAGCCCCCAGCAGGGGGAGGAAGAGAGCAGAGCUGAUUCCCGCUAAAUGGAUGUACAUCGUUCCUCUUGUUCUCUUCCUGAUGAUGUCUGGCGCACAGGACCAAUCAGGUGGAGGAGCCGGAGGCGGAGCAGCCAAUGGAGGUGGCCGAUGAUCAACACAGCUUCUUUCUUUUUUUGUGAACAUUUACUGAACAGUAAUUCUCUUGAAACAGUUUUAAUUUCUGUACAUAAUGCUAUUUAAUGAGGAUAAAUGUCUGUCACACACACACACACAACGUUAACUUGUACAGUAAAGAGGAGAUAUUGUGCCCUGCAGAUGACUGCAUUUUUAAUACUAAUGUGAAAAUAAAGUAUUUAUUACUUGA